UUGUCAAUACCCCACGUGUCAGGGUCAUCACGUGACCACAGAUGUGAUUCUAAUCGAUGCCAGCACAACGAACACUUGCUUCAUUGAGGAAUCACUGUGUGCUGAUCACAGGAAACAGGGUCAUAUGGCGUUAGGGAUUAGCUUCAAGUUCCACAUCGGACGUAAAGUGAUCCGUGAUCAGACCGGCCCAGAUCGAGUAUAACAAGAGCCACGUAUGACAUGGAGGGGUCCACGUGCCUGGCGACCUCCACCGGGCGUGUGCUGUCAACAUAACAGUGGCGCCUCAAAUCGGACGCAGCAUGUCGCGGAUGAAGAGGUUCAUCCUGUUGUUUCUCUUCGCCUACGCUUCAACGACGAUCAUAUUUUUAUCUCUGGUUGAAGAAAAUCGAAACUACAUUGGAAAGAUUGGGUGGGGCGAUGUGUCCCCCUCAAUUCCUUCUGGGGUAAGAAGACUUCGUGACAGCGCCGCUAGCCAGAUUCUAUCUCACCCACCCAGAACCACACAAAUCACCAGAAGGAACAAACGCGUGCGGAACAAAUCCCGACCAGGUAAUGACAGCGGUCAAAGUAAAUAUAAAUAUGGAAGUCCACGGAAUAAGUUUGGUAUAUCCAGCCCUGUUAUGUAUUCCUGCAAGGAUGAUGCUAAAUAUCGCGCAAGGCUAGAUGUUGUGUAUGUGAAGCUGACGAAGAACAUAGCACUAUAUUCUGCUUAUUAUGACGCUAGGGAAGAUAUACCUUAUAUCAGAAUCAUAGCUUCUGUUGCAAGACAUGCGAAAAACUCAACGUUGUUGUGGUGUCACUUUGACCCAGAAGGAGUGGAUACGAACAUCUCGCUCGUGACGCAAGUCACGUAUUAUCAAAUGUGUGAAAAUCAUAACCGGGAUAUAGGUGGCUGGAUUAUAUCGUGUCAGGUGCCCAGGUGGUAUGUGGACAAGGGGAGAUCACCAUGUGCUGUUAGCGUCUCUCUGUCACCAACAGAGUCCAUCACAAACAGCGCUCAGAUGUCAAUAUUGACAACAGAGAAAUCAGCGCAGGAAGCUCAAGUUGAUUUUGCUGUGUGUGUACCGCCCCUAUUUGGUAAAAUACGCAAGGAUGAGAUUGUUCAAUUUGUAGAACUUACUCGACUGUUGGGAGCAAACCAUUUUGUGUUUUACGUUUAUGACGUUAAGCCAGACGUAAAGGAGGUUUUGAAGUAUUACGAAUCAAUGGGAAUCGCAACCAUCCUCAAGUGGGCUAUACCGUCGAGGAACGUAAGAUCGAUAUGGUAUUAUGGUCAAUCUUUGGCAAUAAAUGAUUGCCUCUACAGACACAUGGCCACUGUCCAGUAUUUAAUAUUCAACGACGUGGACGAAUUUCUCAUACCACACGCGCCGGACACACGGACUUGGCGGGACAUCGUGGCGGCACAUCACAUGUUUACCAACACGUGCGCGAUGACCUUUAAGAGCACUUUCUUUGACCUAGCUUUCAGAUACAACCUGGACUUUGCUGUGAGAAACGUAAGUGUUCUGGACAUAACAACACGAGCUGUGUUUUAUAGUGACUUUCGGAAUAAGGUUUUGGUCGAACCCAGCAAGGUGUUUGAGAUGGGAAUACAUCACGUCAGUAGACCUUGGCCGGACGCUGCUAAUUACAGUGUCGUCAAUGUGUCUCCUGAGAAGGCAUAUAUUCACCACUACCGUCCAUGUAAGACUUUCUCCAUGAACUGCUUUCAGGGAACAAUUGACACGACUCUUGUGGACAAAUACGGAGAGGAAUUCUUCAUUAAAUAUAAUCGAACAAUGAACACUACUCCGCAUUAAUUUCUUUCACAUGUUCCAGAAUUUCAGAUGACAUCACAAUAUAUUCAAAAUCACAUAACGCGUGAUUCAAAAUAAGGCGCCUCUUAUAUUAUCAAUGUUUUCAGUGGGGUUCUCGUCCCAAAAUACCUUCUGUCCUAUAUGUUUAGGUCAUUACCAUCCCGAUGUGAAAAUGUUAGUGUGUGUGAGUGAGUGUGUGAGUUUGAACACUUUCCUUACAUCCCAGUGUAUCAGUUUGACGUGACAGAAAGCACAAGGAAGUAACUUUUAAUUAAUAUACACAUUGACAAAAAUAUCGCAACAUCCCACAUUUUACUUUGUAUCAGUAUGUUACCAUUAACCAUAGAAAAGGGAAUUAUUCAAACCCGAAUUUAACUUACUAUCUUGAUAAACUGACCCUUAAGGAAUAAUUAAAUAGCAUAUCUAAACACAAAAAGAACGUAAAACCGCAGGCUGUUCAGAGAAGCAAAUAUGGCAAAUUGGCUCAUUUUGUAGUGCUGAUAACAAUUGCUGUAUGACCUUAACAAGGGAGGUAAUGUUUAAGAUUCUGGCACACAAUACUCAAGAAAUCACAUCAGUAUCAAUAUACGGGCACAUGGUCUAUAUCUGGAGUAACCCCCGUCUAUUUCGGAUGUUAGACAUGUACCGUUGUCCGUGAAGCCUUGUCUGAUCGCAAGAAGAUUUAAUUUCCAGUCAUGUGAGAGGCACCAUCACCAUCAAUGAACGCCCGCCUAACGGUACUUACUCCAAGAUAUUCUGUUGUGUAUAUGCAGUGUUGUUGCGGUGCCAAACAUGAGAUAGUCAUGCCAGUCAGUCAUGAUCAAAAUUAAUCGACUUUUUUUUAUAGUCCGACUAGUGGACCCUUCACCAAGUCCUGUUCCUUUGUGCUCUGGGGAUAGCAACUGACGUCUGAUAGGUCGUCUGGCUCUAUAUAUGGCCGUUAUUUGGCGAUUUCAGACCAUUCAUUUGGACUAACGACGAUGUGGAAACCACUCUGUUUUUAAUACGAAACUUGACAUGAACGGAUGAAGUAUUGUGAUUUUGAGAAGAGCUGUAUCCUUCCAAGGAGUUGUCACCCGUGGUCAACGAAUUCAAAUGAUUUUUCAAAUUAUCGAGCUGCAAGAACAGCUUUCUGAACCUAGGUAUUUAAUUAACGACGGGUAACCGUAUUGCACAUGAUUCUCGUUUUUGAUCGUAGCAGGUGCAUACCUCAACUCAGUGUAUAGUGGCCACCGGUCAGAGGUAUCUAGGGCCCAAUAACGUGGAGGCAUUGGUGCGUGUGUCAAUGUCAGAUUACAUAUUGAUUCAGUUAUUAAAUUUCACAAUUCUU